UUUUUUAUUUAUUUAUUUUUUUUUUUAUGUUGUGUACAUUUUGGGACUUUUUAUUUAGAAAACAAAAAGGCUCUACAAAGUUGAAUGGAAAGCAAAAACUUUGAAGCUCAAUAUCUCAAAACUGCUCAGAAUGCAGAUAGAACCUUAUAAUUCCAAGGUGGCAAUUUUUAAGUUAUUUUAUGUAAGUUGACUUCUUUAAUUCAAGCUUCCUGCCCUUGUGCUCUUUUGACUCAGCUCUUCAUGUGUGGGAUGUGGCUGCUUAUGCAGUUUGCAGUGAUGAUCCUUUACUGGGACAUCCCACCACUGGACUCCUUCCCUGAGCACCACAUGCCCCUCAGAGAGGUCAGAGGUGAAGAAGAUGAGCCCCUCAUGAGUUUGGAAGAUGAAGACAGAGCCACAGCAGUGGACUCGAAUGGCCCAUUCCAUCCAGAACAGACUGAGACCCAGCUCUCACCCGAAAUCCCACCUUCUCCUCCUGAUUCCCCACCUCCAGAUACCUCUGACCCCUUUGAAAACUUCAGUGCCAGUCGAGAGUUUCUGAGGGAGGAGGUAGUGGUUCUCCUCACUGCUCAGUUCAUCACUCUCUUCAAUCAGACAGCACUCGAGACCAUGGUGACCCCUCUGACGCAGAAGUACUUUGGCUUUGGUGAGCUGGGGAACAGUGUGAUGUACAGCCUGUGUGGGGUGGAGGUAAUUGCAGGUUUCUUCCUGGUGCGCUGGCUGAGCCAUGUGCUGGAGGACCGGGUGGUGCUGGCAGUGGGGCUGCUCAUCUGCAGCGGGGCUUGUGUCUGGUGCCUCAUCUUCCUGGCCAAUCCACAGGGUGGUUUUGUGUUCGAGUUGAUUGAGUUUAUCAUCGGAGUGUUCCUGCAGUUACUGGGACUUCCUUUCGUUGCCGUGUCUCAGGUGUCCCUCUUUUCUAAGGUUACAGCUGAGAAAACACAAGGCUUUAGUCAGGGUGUGCGACGUUCAGUCGGGGGUCUGGCCACCAUUCUUGGUCCCCUGUGGGCAGGGGGUCUAAUAGGAAAUCUAUAUGUGAUGUUGGGUAUGAUGAUGCUUCUACUGACCCUCAUCAUGAUCAUGAUGGUGUUGUCCUAUGAGAAGCUAGUGGAGCCACCCAGGGUGGAGCAUGCACAGGACUCAGAGAAUGGAGGAUAG